CCACCACCUGCCCCACCAGUACCUGGGACUACAGCUCCCAUCACCAGCUUUUCCUCCUCAAGCCUGCACUGCACACCAACUGGGAUGGAGGGUACAGAUGAAUAAAGGCAAAUCCAUCGCCAUAAGACAGUCGGCCCAAUAUGUCAAGACCUCUGAUCACUAGAUCCCCUGCAUCUCCACUGAACAACCAAGGCAUCCCUACUCCAGCACAACUCACAAAAUCCAAUGCGCCUGUCCACAUUGAUGUGGGCGGCCACAUGUACACCAGCAGCCUGGCCACCCUCACCAAAUACCCUGAAUCCAGAAUCGGAAGACUUUUUGAUGGUACAGAGCCCAUUGUUUUGGACAGUCUCAAACAGCACUAUUUCAUUGACAGAGAUGGACAGAUGUUCAGAUAUAUCUUGAAUUUUCUACGAACAUCCAAACUCCUCAUUCCUGAUGAUUUCAAGGACUACACUUUGUUAUAUGAAGAGGCAAAAUAUUUUCAGCUUCAGCCCAUGUUGUUGGAGAUGGAAAGAUGGAAACAGGACAGAGAAACUGGUCGCUUUUCAAGGCCCUGUGAGUGCCUCGUCGUGCGUGUGGCCCCAGACCUCGGAGAAAGGAUCACACUAAGCGGUGACAAAUCCUUGAUAGAAGAAGUAUUUCCAGAAAUCGGCGACGUGAUGUGUAACUCUGUCAAUGCAGGCUGGAAUCACGACUCGACCCACGUCAUCAGGUUUCCACUAAAUGGCUAUUGUCACCUCAACUCAGUCCAGGUCCUUGAGAGGUUGCAGCAAAGAGGAUUUGAAAUCGUGGGCUCCUGUGGGGGAGGAGUGGACUCGUCCCAGUUCAGCGAAUACGUCCUUCGGCGGGAACUGAGGCGGACGCCCCGCGUACCCUCCGUCAUCCGGAUAAAGCAAGAGCCUCUGGACUAAAUGGACAUAUUUCUUAUGCAAAAAGGAAAACACACAAAACCAAUAACUCAAACAAACAAAAAAGGGACAUUUAUGUGCAGUUGGAACAGCAAACCAAGUCCUGGACCUAAAAUCGAAUAAAAGACACAUUUAUAUCCAAUAGAGACCACACCUGUAUUCAUAUGGGAACAAUUGGAAUAGUGAUAUCCUCAAGGUGUAAAAAAUAUAUAAAUAUAUAUAUAUAUAUAUAUAUAUGUCAAAAGGUAGGAAAUGCAAAAAAGAAAAAAAAAAGGUGAUAGCCGCAGUUGGUGCUGUGAUGGCCGUGAAGUGUCCUAGGCCUCCCGAGGUCUCUGACUAAUAAACAAGCCAUGAGCGGUGAGGACACAGUCUCCUUACAGUUUCCAUUGCCAACAGCCAUCCAUUCUUUCUUUUUCCUUUGUCUUUCUUUUUCCUUUUUAAAAAAAAAAAAAAAAAAACCAAACACCUUGAAUCCAGUUUUUUUGUAUAUGGAGGUUCCACGUCCCUCUUUAGGCUGGGACCGGGCGGGACUUCAGAAAAACCCUCAUGAGCACAUUGCAAAGAUGUUAGACAUGAAAUUUUACAUGUAGUUUGUACAGAAGUCACACUUUUUUGUCCACCUCACAGAUGUGAACUUUACUUUGUUUUAAAACUGAUCAGUUUUGCCAAGGGGCCAGAAUUAUUCCUUGUUAGAAUUGCUCCAGUUCAAGUCUGCUGCUUUCCUACAAUUUUUCAAAUUUUAUAAUGUAUUAAAUACAAUAAACUCUGUUUAAAAAA